AUGCCCUUUCACAGAUCAUCCACGGACAUUCAAUUGAAGAACAAGCACACUCUCACUGCUCAUUGCCGCCGGCCAACUGGGGAGGCCAUUUACUCGGAACUAGACCUGAAUGAGUUUGUAGGGGCUAAAAAAGGAAAGCUUACGUGGAGCUGCAAGAAUUUCUCCGAUUCUGCAACCGAUGUUGACCUUCGCAUGGAAGGCCCAAACAAUGAGCCGCUUUUGUAUGCACAGCUCGACGACGGAGAGGGAAACAUUUGCAACGACGAGUUGAACCUGGGUUCCUGUAUCAAGAACGAAGAUGGACAUUUGAAGUAUAUGCAAUGUUUCUAG